AUGAAUGGAAAGUCAAAUGCUACUUUUCAAAUUGAUAAUAUAGAGUUAGAAAAUGAGGUAAAUCAAUUAAAACAACAAUUUCAGAAUCUGCCAUCAACCAAUGACGUAUAUAAACUAAUAAAAUCCAUAGAUUCAAAAAUUUCAAAAAUUGAUUCAGAACUUGAGACAAUCACAGAUAUAAAUCAAAACUCAUUAUUAUCAGAUAUAACUAACAUUGAACUCUUCCGAAGCAAUAAAUUAUUACAACCAAUCACUAACUCAAAUGAAUUAAUCAGAAUAUUUCAUCAUGCUAAUGACUUAGGUCAUAAUCUUACGUUCAAAAUCAAAUCAUUAGAUUAUGAAAUCAAUAACGUUAAUGAAACACUCAAAUUUGUGGAAAACAUCCAAUUACUUAAAAAUAAUAUAAGUCAGGCUCAUUAUGCUAUUGAAAGUAAAAACUGGAAUCUAGCUGCAAAUUGUAUAAAGAAGAUAAAAUCAUUACCGAAAGAGUUAGUAGUUGGUAAAUUUGCAUCAAUAGUUAUUCCAUCAACAGACAUACCAGAACUACCACAGGUGACUCUAGAGUCAUGGAUUAGUAAAUUGACAGAUGUAUUCAAAUCAGAAUUUUUUAAAGCUGCAGAAGAACGAAAUGUUGAAAAUUUGACAAAUUUCUUUCAGCUAUUCCCAUUGAUAUCUAAAGAAGAAAUUGGACUUAAUUGUUAUUCUAAAUUUAUAUGUAAGAUCAUAAAUGAGACAAGUAAGAAUUUAAUCAAUUCAUUAAAUAAUAAAGAAGUUCAGAUUGGAAUUUUUUCAACUAUUACAAUGCAAUUAUUUGAAAAUAUAUCAAUGAUGAUAUCUCAACAUGGUCCAUUAAUUAAAAAAUAUUAUAGUGAAACAUAUCCUACUGCAUUAAAUUACGUGAUUAAUAAAAUCCAAAAAGAAAUUGAUUUACAAAUAGGUGUUAUUUCAGAUACGUUUUAUGACGUAAGGAGAAUUGAUAAAUGUUUUCAAGAUAUAAAUCUAUAUAACUUUCCAAUAUUAAGUAAACGAUUGAAUGAGGAGAUUGAAGUCGAAGAAUAUGAGGAUGAUUUUUUACAAAUCCGAGAAAUUGGUGAUAUCUUAUCUGAACUAUCUGCUAUUUUGCAAAAUUGGUCAUUAUAUUGUAAAUUCAUAACUAUGAGAUAUUUCCAGGAUGAUAAGACAAAAUUACUAUUACCUGAAUUAAUUGCAAAAUCAAAUUUUACAAAGAAAAUAAAUGAAAAAUUGUUACCUUCAUUUGAAACAUUAUAUAAAUUUUACUUCCGUCGAUCUUUAGAAAAAUCAAUCUCAAUUGAAGAACUACCAAACUUGGAAUUGAAUUUAAAAGUAGUUUCAAAAUCGCAAUCGCCAGAUCAAAUUCCAGUAUCUUCUGUCAUUGAUGAUGUUACACUCAUAUUGAAUAAUACACUCAAAAGUACAAUUCAAUCAGGUAUACCAUUAACUGUCAAGACUUUCCUCGGUGAAAGUUUCAAAAUUAUUCAACAGGAUUUAAUCAAUGGUUUUUUUAUCAAAAAUUUAAAUGAUAAUCAGCCAAGAUAUAAUCAACAACUAUCAUUGGUAAGUGAACAAUCUCAGGUUAACCCAACUACCACAUUAUCACCUGGCAAUUCAAGAAGUGGUACACCAGAUCCCAAUGGAUUUUUCAAAGGUGCUUCAAGUGCUUUAGGUAGUGUAGUUUCUGGAUCAAAUAUAGUUACAGGUUUACAAACAUCUCCAAACAAUCCAAAAUUAAUGAAUUUUAUUAUAUAUUUAAAUACUAUUGCCAUGGGACAAGAAUAUUUCGAAAAGAUUAUAACUAAUUUGAAAAAGGACAAUUAUUUAAGGAAUAGUUUUCCAUUUGGUAAAGAUAAGGAUAUAAUUGAGAACAUAUUAUCUUCUGAUUUUUAUGAUCCAUUUAUUUCAAUAACUAACAAAAUCAUAAUUGAAAGUUUGAUAAAUCUAUACAAUCAAUCAAUUAAACAGAAAUUAAUUUCAGUUGUUAAUGACUUCCUCAGUGAAUCAAAUGAAUCAAACUAUAUAAUAUAUCAGAAUAAUUCAAUCAAUGACCCAACUUUACUCAUUAAAUUCACACUGAAUUGGCAAAGUUUAAUUAAACCAUAUUUUCAAACAUUACAUAAAUCAUUAUAUACUAAGUUGUUAAGAUUGAUAAUUGUGAAUCUUUCAAAUUUACUUGAUAAGAAGUUGCUUGUUGUCCUUAAGAAAUUUAAAAUUAAUGAAUUUGGGUCAAUUAAAUUAGAGAAGGAUUUAAGUUAUGUUAUCAAUGAAGUGUGUUCUGACAAUUAUCAUUUACGUGAAAAAUUCAUUAGAAUUACUCAAAUUGUAUUGUUGGUAGGUAUGGAUGAUGAAGAAUAUGAAGAAAGUAAACAAAUGAAGACAAAAUCAGGGGAAGAAGAAGAUGAUGAUGAGGAUGAAAGUUACGGUAUUAACUGGAUAUUAACACCACAAGAAAGAAAUCAAAUACGGAGAUAUAGAAUACAAUAA